AAUAAUUACGAACAUAAUGCGACGUUGGGAGCACUUAUUUGUGGUUUUUGCCAGUAUUAUUGUAUUAGUCAACGGCAAAAUUGAUAGCGAAGUAGAAGCAGAAUCAGGAGAAAAAUACGACAGCGAAGAGAGAAUAGGACCGGCGAUCACACAGAUAAACCGGCAUCCAUAUGUCGGGACCCUUAUCAAGAACGGGACGUACAUUUGCAGUGCCGUAAUCCUUAAUACGUACUGGCUGGCCACACUGUCGGAUUGCUUUGACAGGGCCAUUAUAUCAUCGUACGUGACACACAAGAAUUUGGGGAAUUUCGCAAUAAGAGCCGGAAGUUCCUACAACAACAAAGGAGGGACUAUCCACAAGAUAAAAUUGCUCAUAAACAAUUUUGAUCUAAAAGUAUCAGCCGUUAAGCUUGAUAUCCCUUUGGAGUUUGGAUCGCAAGUGGACGCGGCUCGUCUGCCCAGUCCGGAUCAGGAAGUAAUGCUUGGCUACCUCGCAUCGAUGACUGCUUGGACACCUACUGGACACAUUAGAUUGGUGAAUGCGCCAGUCAUUGACGCGUCGAUCUGCGAAGAAGACGCCAGAUUACUUCCCGGCCAUUAUAUUUGCGUCGGAGGUGUUCAAGAUCCAAACAGACAUUUCUGCAGACAAGACAACGGCGGCGCUGUGAUUCAAAACGAUACUCUGAUCGCGGUAUCUUCGUUCUUACACACAUGCGCAGUCUACACCAAAACCCACGCUUUUCCCAAAGUCUCUAGCUUCUCCAGAUGGCUCGACUCUGUCAUCUGGGACGAAGGAAACAGACCUACAACUACAGAGCCAUCUACCACCACAGCGUCUACCACCAAUACUUCUAACACCACCGAAAUCUCCUCAACUACAAGUCAGUUCUUUGCUGAAGCAAACAAAUUCAUGCUCACUUUACCGUUUGAUCCAAUAAACGUACCUCUAGAACCAGCGGAAGAUAACUCAGUGAUACCCCACAUGAGCCUGUAUGAGUCGUAUUUGCAAAAUUUGGCCAAAGAGAAAACAUCGACUACAACAGAUCCAAGCGUGGAAGAACAAAAGAAGAAGUUGCUUCAGAAAUACGGAAAAGCGUUAAUGAAGAUGCCAGCAGAACUUAUGAAGAAGAAAAUAGAACAAUACGAAUAUAAAUAGAUGGAAAUAGUUAUUAAGUUUAGAAUGAAAAAAUAAAAUAAAUAGCAAA